UGUUCUUAAUGUUGCAGACAUGAACAGUUCCCUUGGCCACAUUGGGACACCCUCACAGUCAAAUGCUGCUAAUAGAAAGUUGGGAGGGAGCCUUUAAAAAGCAAAACCGUAUUGUGCUGCUGAAAGCUAAUUAGAGGGAAAGAAAAUUUGUGUAUUUCAAAGAGCCUUUGGAAGUUCAAUUGUGAAAUAGCCAGAAUACCAUACUGAUAGGAGAGGCUCCUCCCUUCCAUAUGCAUCUUCUACCCAUUUAAACAACAGUAGGGAUUAGAGGUUGUACCUUGAAAAGGAAGUCUUCUGUUAACUGGUGAUUGCACGAAAAGCUUAUUUGCCCUUGGCAACUGAAGAUGAUGUUGCUAUGGAAACUACUGUUUCUGCUAUCAUUCAUUGGCUGCCUAGCAGAAAAUGGCAAGCUGCAUGGGCCAGUUUUUAUCCAUGAGCCGCAUGACAUUGUGUUUCCUGUGGACUCUGAAGAAAGGAAGGCCACUUUAAACUGCGAAGCAAAGGGGAAUCCAACACCAUAUUACAGAUGGCAAAGAAAUGGCACAGACAUUGAGAUAAACUUGGAUUACCGUUAUAGUUUGAUUGGUGGUACUCUGGUGAUCAAUAACCCAGACAGGACCCAAGAUUGUGGAACAUAUCAAUGUUUUGCUACAAAUUCGUUUGGCACAAUCGUGAGCAAAGAAGUAAAACUUCAAUUUGCGUAUCUUGAAAACUUCAAAGGAAAAUCAAGAAAUAAUGUGUCCGUUCGAGAGGGACAAGGAGUUGUGUUGCUCUGUGGUGCCCCAUCACAUUCUUCAGAACUGAAAUAUGCUUGGAUAUUUAAUCAGUUUCCAACUUUUGUGGAACAAGACAAUCGUCGCUUUGUGUCUCAAAACACUGGUAACUUAUACAUAUCGAAAGUGGAGAUUUCAGAUGUCGGUGCUUAUAUCUGUGAGGUAGAAAACACAGUAACCAACAAGAGGGUUCUGAGCCCACCCACUCCUUUAGUACUUCGUACCGAUGGGGUAAUGGGUGAAUAUGAACCAAAGAUUGAAGUUCGCUUUGCAGAAGUGGUUUAUGCAGCAAAAGGAUCGACAGUGAAAUUGGAAUGCUUUGCUCUGGGAAACCCAGUCCCAACAAUCAGCUGGAGAAAAAUUGGUGGUCCAUUUCCAGACAAGAUCAAAGCAAACAAAACUUAUGGUGUACUUGAAAUCCCAAACUUCCAGCAGAGGGAUUCAGGCACAUACGAAUGCACAGCUGAAAAUUCAAGAGGAAAGAACACAGCAAGAGGACAGCUGGUUUUUUAUGCACAGCCUAACUGGAUUCAGAACAUAACAGAUGCUUAUGUGCCCAUUGAAGAAAGUCUUCAGUGGGUUUGUAAGGCAAAUGGAGACCCAAAGCCUUCGUACAGAUGGCUAAAGAAUGGUAAACCCCUUGUAAUGGAGGGAAGAAUUCUGGUAGAAAAGGGAGUACUUGCCAUCCGUGCUGUUAACUUGUCAGACUCUGGCAUGUAUCAAUGCCUGGCUGAAAAUAAACAUGGAGUAAUUUAUCUCAAUGCUGAGCUUCGAGUUCUGGCAUCAGCUCCUGAUUUUUCAACAAGUCCUUUGAAGAAACUAAUAGCAGUUAGCGUGGGUGGUGAGGUCUUCAUUGAAUGUAAACCAAAAGCUUCCCCAAGAGCAACCUUUUCUUGGAUGAAGGGAAACGCAAUUCUGAGAGAGAAUGAAAGAAGAAUUAUUCUGGAGGAUGGUAGUCUCAGAAUAGCUAACGUGACAAAGAACGAUGGUGGACGCUACACCUGCAUUGCUCAGAAUUAUUUUGGGUCAGCCAACAGCACAGGAACAUUGAUGGUGAAAGAUCCAACAAGAAUUACUAUUCCACCUUUGGACAUGGAUGUAACAGUGGGUGAAAGUACCAUCUUACCAUGCCAAGUCUCCCAUGAUCCUUCACUGAACGUUGAAUUCUCAUGGUCUUUUAAUGGACAACUUAUAGACUUCAGAAGAGAUAGAGACCAUUUUGAAAAGGUUGGAGGGCAGGGAUCCUCUGGUGAUUUGAUGAUCAGAAACAUUCAGCUUAAACAUGCCGGUAGAUUUGUUUGUAUGGUCCAAACUGCUGUGGACAGUGCAUCAGCUGCAGCUGACCUGAUUGUCAGAGUUCCGCCAGGUCCACCAGGGAGUGUCAUAGUGGAGGAAAUUACAGAUACCACAGCUCAACUCUCUUGGACUCCUGGCACAGACAACCACAGCCCAAUCUCAAUGUACACUGUCCAGGCAAGGACUCCCUUUUCAGUGGGUUGGCAAACUCUUAAAACAGUUCCUGAGGUAAUUGGUGGCGAUGCUGUCACAGCAACUGUAAUUGACUUAAGCCCCUGGGUGGAGUAUGAAUUCCGAGUUGUUGCUAGCAACAGCAUUGGUAUUGGGGAGCCAAGUUUACCAUCUGAAAAAUCAAGAACAGAGGAAGCCCUUCCUGAAGUAGGCCCAGCUAAUGUAAGUGGGGGAGGUGGCAGUCGAUCAGAACUCGUAAUAACUUGGGAGCCUGUGCCUGAAGAAUUACAAAAUGGUGAAGGCUUUGGAUAUGUUGUUGCUUUUCGACCAUUUGGAGCAACAAGUUGGAUGAAGGCCGCUGUAACAUCAGCAGAUGCAUCAAGAUAUAUUUUUAGAAAUGAAAGUGUUCCACCCUUCUCUCCCUAUGAAGUAAAGGUUGGAGUUUACAACAACAAAGGUGAAGGGCCUUACAGUACAGUAAUCACUGUAUAUUCAGCUGAGGAAGAGCCCACUGUAGCACCGUACAAUGUCUCUGCCAAAAGUCUGUCAGCCUCUGAAGUCCAAGUUUUCUGGGAAGCUGUUCCUUGGGAGACAAACAAAGGAAAAGUCCGGGGUUAUGAGAUAUGGUAUUGGUCGGAUGAUGAAAAUGAAGAAGUAGCAAGCAAACUGAGAUUAAAUGGAAACAACACUUCAACAAAAGUCACAGGAUUGAAGGGCAGCACCCUUUAUUAUCUGGUAGUAACAGCUUUCAGUAGUGCUGGGACAGGACCUGCCAGUCUUCCAGUCAACGUCACAACUAAGAAACCACCACCAAGUCAAGCACCUGGAAAAAUAUGGUGGGAAUCAGCUAGCUCCAGAGUUGUUCUAAACUGGGACCACGUCAAAGCAAUGGAAAAUGAAUCAGAAGUGACAGGAUAUAAAGUUUUGUACAGAAAUAACAGACAAAGUAGUUCCAAGGUGAUAGAAACCAAUAACACAUCUGUGGAGCUUCUACUACCUGAUGAUGCUGACUAUAUUAUUGAAGUGAAGACAUUCAGCGAUGGUGGGGAUGGAAUCAGCAGUGCUCAGAUCAGGAUUCCAAGAAUGUCACAUCCGGGUGGUGGAAGAUCUGGAACUGCACCAUCAAACACUUGUACACUGUCAGCCUUUAGCACAAUAGUGCUAUCUUUGUCAGCAAGAUCAGCAUUAUGGUGAAAACACACGCUGACUUCCCUGACAUCCUAUAGCAGUCAAUGAUCUAAAGACUUGGAAUGAGUGAAUCUACAAACUUUGCUAUUGUGCAUUAACUGACCCACCAAUGUUAUCUUUUCCUAUAAAUUUUUAUGAUUGUACAUUUUGUCAUUUCAAAUUUAUGUGGUUACACCAAUAACUACCAGUACAAUUCAUCCGACAGGUCAAAUUGAGAGGUAUGUUCUUUGCAUGAGGUUUCGUUUGAGUUUUUCAAAUGCACUGAAAUCAACAUCUGAAAAACAUCAGAUAUUUGAUGUUACCAAAGCGUGCAAUCUAAUGGUUUGCAUAUUAUGUACAGAUGGCUAUAUUUAUACUUGUGAAAUGUUCGGUAUUUUGAGUUUAUUAUCUAGCACAACUUUUUGAAGUAUCUUGGAAUGUGUUGUAGGUUUUAACAUUGUAAUACAAUUUUCAAAUUUGUCAACUGUACCUGAAAUCACUGUUGCUUGUAUGGAAAUUGGAGAUUUAACCAGAUAACAUUAUAAUAUCUAUACUUUAACUAACAAAGAUUUCUCUGAAAUAUCCGGGUACAGUCAUAACAAAUGAAAAGUAAACUGUAUGUACUCACACAUUUCACAACUACUGAAACUUCCUAUUAUUUAAAGUAUAUUAUAUUUUUGUUGCAACAAGCAAACCUGGAUUACCUAGUGUAUUCUAAUGUAGUAACAAGCAAUGAAGUUUAAUUAAAAUACAAUGAUGAAUAAGGCUGAAAUUGGUUGUUAGGUAUGUAUUGGUAUGAGUGUAAUAUGCAAUACAUAUACGAAGUCUAUGGUAUAGCUGGUGGGUGGAAGGAAAUAAGACAGCAGAUGGAAAAGGUGAAAUAAAUCAAAUCUGUGAUGUUGCAUGUGAAGGUGCAUUUAUUUUUCUGUUAAAUUAAUGUACAUAAGUCUUUCAUUGCAUACUUGUAAAUAUGUGUCGGGAACAACAUCAUUUUCCAAUAAGCUGUUACUAGAUUAGCUGUAAAGGUGAGCUGGUCAGUUUGUUUACCAGAUUGAAUCUAAAUGGUUGCUAUAAUCUUUUAAAAGUUUGAUCUACUUUCAGAAAAAUAAUUGUUUACAACUAUGUUUUUUAAACUUCAAAUCUGUUUUAUAUUUUUCAUCCGUCUGUUAUGACUGGCCACUGUUAAUGUAGGCAGCAGUAUUUACAUUUAAAUAUUGUUUGCUUAAUUCUGUAAAUAGUAAUUUGACAGAAUCCUGUGAAAUAAAUCUGCCUUGAAACAGUUUUCCCCCCUUAUCAUCCUCUUAAUAAUCCUGAAGAAUACUGUUUUCUAUCUGUAGUAAAUAACUGUUUUCUCAUGAUCCUAUUUUUUUUACCAAAGGGUCGAGA